GUGGAGUGUGCUUUUGGGUAUGGAGGAGAUAAUUUACAGGCUACAAAAGAAACUGAGGGGGCUGAAAAAAGUUGUAAAACCUCCAACAUGGUCAUUUGUUCUCGGAAGGGCUGUGAAAGUACUGGAAACCUACCCUUCAGGAGUGACUGAAACAAUAAUUCUCUCUGAAUUGUACCAAGAGUAUAUUAGGACUGGUGGACGGUUGGGCCUUACUCAAGAAGCGUCGUCAGGCCAAAUCAGUACUGUUGGAAGCAUCCACGAACACCGUGCGAUAGACUAUGAGAGUUUAUUGGAGGCUGUGUGUACGAGAUUGUGGACCCUUCCAGGGACUACAACAUCGGUGAUAUCUCUGAAAGACCCAGGACAUGGGGAGGGAGAGGAGGAGGAUGGUGCUCGUCAGGUGGACAUGUACCUCCACAGAAAGUUCCAAAACUGCACAGAAAUGCUGGUGACCCACACACUGAGACUGACCCGUUGUCGGCUGGAGCCUGCACUCACAGGAAGAAGACACUCCCAGUCUUUCAGACUUCUCCCAACAGAACACCUCAUCGUUCUACUAUCACCACAGGAAGAGGAGCACAUGACCAACAAGUUUGUACCACUGAGAGAGAUCAAGAGAUCGGACUUGGCUCUGCCAGGCUAUAUUGAUGCAAUACAUGCAAAGGCUAGUGGCUGGCAUGUGUACUAGUGACCACGUGCUCUCUUUGAAUUGCUGCCAACUUAUAACGAUUGUUGAUGUGAAUCCACAAGAGAUCGUCCAUUCGUCUGAUGGUUCUAUUUUUAGACGGGUGAGUGCUCAGUCACUAGCUCACUCACAUGACUUUGUAAUAGUAUAUUCAGUAGUGCGAACAAAUUGGUAGUGCAGUUGAAGAGAAAGAUUG